AUGCAUCUCUGGAAACCCAUCAUCACCCUGGCAUUGUUCGCAAUCGUCCGCCCAGUAGUCGCGUAUGCGGACUCAUCAAAUCAUCAAAUGCAAACAACCUACCUUGCACCCCUACACAAAGCCUACGACAACGAAAGGAUAAAAGGCCAAUACAUCAUCGCUCUCCACAACGACUACAAUCCAGACGCACACCGCUCAUACAUCCAAGAAAACCUACAUCUGGAUCCAGCCACAGACGACGACUGGGAAUGGAUUGACAUUGCAAAGUCGUACAUCGUCACCGGACUUUCUGAAGACGCAGUCGAGCAAAUUCGUCGCGAUACCAAUGUCGAGGAAGUCGUCGAAGAUCGCUUCUGGACACCGACAGAAGAGGUAGAAAUCAAUCAACCUUCGACAAAGGAGUUGGAGAAUUUUCUGCAGGAGUUGUAUGGGAGCUUGGAUGAGCCGUGA